AUGAUUGAAAGUGAACGAUUACUAUUCAUACGUCUACAGCAAAGUAAUCUGAGAUCUGAGAUAUAUGAGAACCUUAAGAAGCUUGGACAAAAUGGUAAUCCAGAUAUGUCAAAUGUUGGAACACGCGUACUACUACCGUCUUCGUUUACCGGAGGAUCGCGUUAUAUGAGGGAGAAUUAUUAUGAUGCGAUGGCCAUUUGUAAAUGGUUUGGUUACCCCGAUUUCUUCAUUACGAUAACUUGUAAUCCGAAAUGGCCAGAGAUUAAACGAUUUCUGAAGGACAAGAACAUUAAUCCGGAGGAUAGACCGGACAUUCUAUGUCGAUUGUUCAAAAUUAAGCUUGACGCAAUAAAAAAAGACUUGCGAGAGAAAUCUUUAUUCGGCAAUGCAUCGGCAGUUGUGUAUACGAUAGAGUUUCAGAAACGAGGUCUACCUCAUGCCCAUAUCUAUCUGUUCUUAAAUGACGAAAGCAAGCUUCCUUCGGUUGACCAUGUUGACAACUUUAUUUCUGCUGAGAUACCUGACAAAAACUUAGAUCCAGAUCUGUAUAAUCUUGUCAGCGAUUACAUGAUUCACGGUCCUUGUGGUGUUGCAAAACCAAAUUGUCCGUGUAUGGUAGAAGGUCAGCUUGAAGAUAGUAAAGAUGAAAUCAAAGAGUAUUACGAUUACAGAUUUCUAUCGGCUUGCGAAGCUACAUGGCGCAUCUUUUCAUUUGAUGUUCAUUACCGGUAUCCAUCCGUAAUCAGGCUUCCGUUUCAUCUACCAGAUAAACAAAACGUUGUAUACGGCCCUGAUGACGAUCUUGAUAGUGUUCUUCAUAAACCAUCUGUUGCUUCUACGAUGUUUUUGGGGUGGAUGGAAAAGAACCAAAAAGAUCCGUUGGCUCGCAGCCUUACUUACGUUGAGUUCCCUACUAAAUUUGUUUGGAAGCUGAAGGAAAGGGUAUGGGAUAAGCGGAUAAUAGGCAAAACCAUUGGUCGAAGUCACUGUGUUAAUCCUUCUAUGGGCGGGGCUUACUUUUUAAGAAUCCUUCUUAAUAAGGUAAAAGGGCCUAAGUCUUUUGAAGAGAUUCGUACUGUGAAUGGACAAGUCUUCCCAACAUUUAGAGAUGCGUGCUACGCUAUAGGCCUUUUAGACGACGACAAGGAGUAUAUAGAAGCUAUCAAUGAGGCAUACUACAUAGGUUCAGGAUACUAUCUUCGUAAUCUGUUUGCUACAAUGUUGGCGUCUAAUACAUUAUCAAGGCCGGAACAUGUUUGGGAAAACACAUGGGAGUACCUUUCGGAUGGUAUUUUAUACAAUCGCCAAAAGCUUUUGAGGAUCAAAGGUUUAUCUCUUCCAGAAGAACAAAUAAGGAACGUAACGUUGCUGGAAAUUAAGCGUUACUUAUUACAUAACAACUCAAGUUUAAGACGGUUUCCGUCUAUACCUCAACCCGACAGUGAGUCAAUAUAUUCAGCAGACAACCAUUUAAUUGCUGAUGAGCUUGGGUACGAUGUACGCGCUACUGCCAUCGAGUUUAAUAAUAAUUUAAGAAGCCUAACCGAUGAGCAGCGUUUAGUGUUUGAUGAGAUAAUUGCAGCAGUUAAUAGUAAUGCUGGUGGUGUGUUCUUCGUCUAUGGCUACAGAGGGACUGGUAAGACGUUUUUGUGGAAGACAUUAUCUGCAUCCAUUAGAUGUAAAGGAUAUAUUGUACUAAAUGUUGCAUCAAGUGGUAUCGUAUCUCUUUUGUUACCCGGUGGACGUACUGCACAUUCAAGGUUUCAUAUACCUUUGAAUUUAACAGAAUGCUCGAUGUGUUUUAUUAAACCGGACGAUGACGUUGCUGAUUUAUUAAGGAAAACGAAAUUGAUAAUUUGGGAUGAAGCACCGAUGAAUCCUAAACAUGCAUUUGAAGCACUUGAACGAACAAUGAAAGAUAUCUUCAAAUGUGAGAUGACCAUUGGUGGUAAAGUUAUGGUGUUCGGUGGUGACUUUAGAUAG